CCUGCCUUGAAGCUACCGGAUUCUUCAAGUUUUGUCAAGAAUUCUCAUACUCUCAACACCAUUUAUCAUUAUCAUCAUCCACUCAUUCUCUUAUCGCUUUCGGUCAGCCAACACUUAGAGACUUCUCUAUCAAACCCACCAACCAUGGCUGUAAAUGAGGUGUCACCACACCUCUCAGGGCCCUCACCCGUAGUCCUUCAAGAGAAGGAACCAAUAGAGAUCUCGACACAGGAGAUUGCUGCAUCACCUCUGGGUAGCAGUGACGGCAUCUUCGCGCACGAAGGGGGGCACUUGCUGGUUCAAUCGCCAUAUACCGAAGAGGAACACCUUCUCGACUUGAGAACUCUGGAUGCAGAGAACGCAUUGCUCGCUCGGGCGCUUGCUCGCAUGCGAAGUCUGCGGCCAGACUAUGCGACCGCCCCAUAUACAGAGACUUUCAACUGGAAUGAAAUAAUCGAGGAAUUGACACGGCUCGUGCGAACGCAUGGCCAUAACUGGAAAGAGACUUCCUUCUUCAUUGUGGCUUUCCGAUCUCAGAUCCCGCCUACGACUGAGUACGAGGAUCUAGGUGCCUUGGAUGAGGUAGCACAUGCGGAAGCGAUAGCUAGUGGAGGUUUUCUGAAGUAUUGGUUCGGACAUCCUGAUAAGGAGGGCAGGAACCUAGCUACCUGUGUGUGGAGAUCGCAAGAGGAUGCGAGAAAGGGAGGAGUCGGCCCUGGGCACCGAAAGGCUGCGGCGGCAACGCGGUCGUUGUAUUCGCAUUGGAAGAUUGACCGGCACAGGCUUAUCAUCCGGGAUGACGUGCAAAGCUGGGAGAUUAUUGACUGGGAAUGAAGGCGUAGGGUUGCAGUACACUGCACGGUGGCCGACCCGGUAUGGUUGACCCUCAUGUGCCUGAGAUAGAGGCGACAGGCGUUGGCGAAUGAGAGAAAAGGAGUCUAGUCCGCGGCCAGCGGGCCGUCUGUGUUUGACCGGUUACCCUGUCGUUUCUUUUAUUUUUAUUGUGUUUUUUUUUUUUUUUUUUUUUUUUUGGCCUGUGAUUUCCAGCAAGGUAUUAUCGGUUAUCGGGUUCUGUUAACCAAGAUGGUGAUAGAGCAUAGAAGAUCUUCGGCGCAAAGAUAUGCUUAGAUAGAACGAAAGGGAUAGAUAAAGAUACGAAAAGAUAGAAAGUAACAAAUAGAGAUCGUUGUGUAUCCGCACACCCGGAAGUCCAUCUUC